UCUUUCAUUCGCUUAGUGGAUGACAUCUUUUUAUCCUCUCUUCUUUCCAUAAAGGCUUACACCGGGUUUAACUUGAGUAUUUGCAUCUCCACUUUCAAUUCCUCUUUCCGAAGGAAACUAGAAAUUUCCUCUGAGCUUCUCCUCCUUCGCUUGGCGCCUUGCAGGCCAUCUUUCGCUAUAAAACACGCCAAUUUUAAUACCCAGUUAGUCAUUUGAAAGAAAAAGCUUCAGGGCUCCACAGAUAGGAAAGAAAAAUGAGUUAUUACGACCAGCAGCAUCCGGUGGGUGUUCCUCCACCACAAGGGUAUCCAAAAGAUGCAUAUCCACCACCUGGGUAUCCUGUUCAAGGUUAUCCACAAGGGUAUCCUCCCCAGGGUUACCCUCCUCAAGGGUAUGCUCCAGGCUACGCCCAGCCUCCCAGGCAAGAGACUGGUUUCCUUGAAGGAUGCUUAGCAGCACUCUGCUGUUGUUGCCUUUUGGAUGCUUGCUUUUGAGGCUCUAUAAUUGUUCAUAAUUCUUCUCUUUAAUUGUUAUAGGCCAUAACAAUUGCAUUAUCUGUCUGUAAUAAUAGUUUCUUUCUAAUUCAGUUGGAAAUUGUUACUUGUAUAAUGGAUUGGAUGAUUUUAAUUUUUUGUUGAAGAAUUUUCCAGUUUCCUGUUUAUGUAAA